GGCGGCGGGGUGGCCAUGGCGGCGUCCACGGCGUCGCUGGAGGGCUACUACUUCUCGGCCGCGCUGAGCUGCACCUUCCUGGCCACCUGCCUGCUCUUCUCGGCCGUCAGCCGCGCGCUGCGCGAGCCCUACAUGGACGAGGUCUUCCACCUGCCGCAGGCGCAGCGCUUCUGCGAGGGCCACUUCGGCCCCGACCAGUGGGACCCGAUGAUCACAACUCUGCCCGGCCUGUACCUGGCAUCGGUGGGUGUGGUGAAGCCAGCCGGCUGGAUCUUCGGGUGGCCUGAGCACGCUGUGUGCUCUAUCGGGAUGCUGCGCUUCAUCAACGUGCUCUUCAGCGCCGGCACCUUCUACCUUCUCUACCUGCUGCUUCGCAAGCUGCAGCCCAGGACUAAGGCAGCCUCAGGCAUGCAGCGUGUCCUGUCUACAGUGACCCUGGCCAUUUUCCCCACCCUCUACUUCUUUAACUUCCUCUACUACACCGAUGCAGGCUCCGUGUUCUUCACGCUCUUCGCCUACCUGAUGUGCCUCUACAAGAACCACAAGACAGCAGCCUUGCUGGGCUUCUGCGCUUUCAUGUUCCGCCAGACCAACAUCGUGUGGGCCGCCUUCUGCGCAGGCACCGUAGUGGCCCAGCAGCUGGCAGAGGCCUGGGCCACGGAGUUGGGGAAGCGCAAGGAGGGGCGGCCACACUCUGAGCUGGCCGCACCGUUGUACUUCCUCGUGACUUUCUGCACGCGGCCCCAAAACUUGCAGUCGUUGCUGUUGCGGGUGUGGCCCUACGUGUUGCUGGGGCUGCUCUUCUGUGUCUUCGUAUUCCUCAACGGUGGCAUUGUGGUGGGUGACCGCAGCAGCCACCAGGCCUGCCUGCAUGUACCGCAGCUCUUCUAUUUUUGCGCGUUUGCCUUCUGCUUCUCCUCCCCACACCUGCUGGUGCUUGGCAGGCUCCGGGCUUUUGUGGGCCUGGUGUGGCGGCGGUGCGGCACCUGUGUGCUACUCAUCCUGCUGGGCCUGGCAGCCGUCUGGCGUUUCUCCUACGCACAUAAGUACCUGCUGGCCGACAACCGGCACUACACUUUCUACGUCUGGCGGCGGCUGCUGCAGUGCCACCCAGCCGUGCCCUACCUGCUGGUCCCUGCCUACCUGUUUGCUGGCUGGGCCCUGGCCGACGCGCUGCGGUCCAGGUCUGUCUUCUGGAAACUGGCCUUCUUCGCCUGCCUGGCAGCGGCCAUAGUGCCACAACAGCUCCUAGAGUUCCGCUAUUUCAUCCUGCCCUACCUCAUGUACCGGCUGCACGUGCCCCCGCCGCCCAUGUCCAGGCUCGCCUGUGAGCUGGGUUGCUACGUGGCCUUGAACUUUCUCACUUUCUACGUCUUUCUCCACAAGACAUUCCAGUGGCCUGGCAGUCAGGAUGUGCAGAGGUUCAUGUGGUAGCGUGGACCAGGCUUGGGCUCCUGAUCUGGUGUCGGUGCUACUGCCAUCUCCUCAGGAGCACCUCUGAGUGCU